CUACUAUUAAGCUCCCAUCUCUAUGUUUCUGCAUUUGUUUACUCCAACACUAAUGCUACCCCUUUUACUUUCAUUUCUUUUGUCAUUGUGUUGUUCACUAGACUCCCAACUCAUUAUUUAUUGUUGCCACCCCUUCCCCACUCCCCUUUAAUUCUUUUCCACUUCAAGAUCUUGCAACUUCAUAAGCCCAAGAAUAUACUACAUUCUCAUCAUCAACCUUGUUCUCACCCUUCUAAAUUUAUUUCCCCAUUCCAUCUUUAAUGAAUCAUGUACCAUUUCACAUUCAUGAAUCUCAUGCUCAUGCUCUUGCUCUUGUUUCAAUCAAGAACCAACAAAAUUCAUCUUACCAAGCUUCUCUGCAGCCUCAUGCAGGCAAUGGGUUCCCAAUACUAGCUCUUGGAGUUCUAGGAAUUAUGGCCACGGCUUUCGUGCUAGUAGGCUACUACAUUUUUGUGAAUAAAUGCUGCUUAAAUUGGCAACAAAUCGACCCCUUGAGGCGCUUUUCUGUGGUACAGACACGAAGAAAUCAGGAUUUAUUGAUGGACUACUCUCCCUCGUGGCAGAGCCGGGGGCUAGACGACUUGUUGAUCCGAGAAAUUCCAACUUUUCAGUAUAGUAAAAGCCAGGGUGAUCUGAUGAGCUUGUACAAAUGCGUGGUUUGUUUAAAUGAGUUUCAAGAACAAGAUACCAUAAGAAUACUCCCUAGCUGCAAGCACGGCUUCCAUUUGGACUGCAUUGACAUAUGGCUUCAGAGCAAUGACAAUUGUCCACUCUGUAGAUUAAGCAUUUCAGGCGCUACACGAUACCCGAUUGACAGAAUUGUUGCACCAACAUCUUCACCUCAAGAUCCCCGGCCUUUUGUCACUAGAGGUCUUGUGGGAAGUGAUGAAGAUUUUGUUGUUAUUGAAUUAAGUGGAGAGCAGAACAGAAAUGAGCCGAGAAUUCAGUAUCAUUCUCCGGGCAAAGUGCAGCAGAAGACUGUGAAGCUGAAGCCAAGAAAGUUUCAUCAUGCAUCAAUCAUGGGAGAUGAAUGUUUUAAUGUACGGGACAGCGAUGAUCAGUUCUCUGUACAACCUAUUCGGAGAUCUUUCUCCAUGGACUCUGCAGCGGACCGACAUAUUUUUUUGUCGGUUGAAGAGAUCUCAAGGCGGAAUAGACACCAGACUGAGUUUAGAAACAAUGAGGAAUCCAGCAGUAGGGUCCGAAGACCCUUCUUCUCAUUCGGACAUGUAAGAGGAUCAAAGAGUACAGUUCUUCCCAUAGAAUUCUAACUGUUGAACACAUAAUUUAACCCUUUUUUUACAUCUCCGCUCUUUUUCAUAACUCUGGUUUUCUCCCCUGGUUUAAUUUCUUUUUUCCACAUCUUUGUUAGUUUAAAGCUUGAGAUUUGAGGAUUAAACUUGUAAUUUAGGAUAGAUUUUCACAAACAAGUGUGCUAGGAAGACUUUAAAUUUUCUUUAGUACUUUCAUGAUUCUAUCAAACACAAGAAGUGAGUUGGUCAACUUGAGUAGAGCUAAAAAGAAAAGAUUGGCAUGACUGGAUAAAUCAUUACCACAUAGCACCUAGGCUAGCUAAGUACCUUUCCUAUGAUUUCAAGUUCGUUAAAUGAAAACGAUUGUGAUUUAUGUUGUCAGUACCCGGUGCAAAAGGCUCCCGAAGGAUCUUUGCCCGCAGCCUUAUCCUUAGUUUUUCAUAACAACUAUAAUUGUACUUGAUGUGUUUUGCUUAAUGUAAUGUUGCCAGAGAUAGGGCCAUGAUAUAAUAGAUGGACCCUUGUUGUAAUGAGUUAUACUCAUUAGAAGUCCCUGAAAAUACCAUUGAAGUCCAUUUUUCUUGUAGCAAUUAUGUCGAUGAUGGUGAUGAAUAAGA